AUGUGGCUCCCACUGGCGGCUUUCCUGAUCCUCUUUAAUCUUGCAUCCGGAGACGAGGAAUUUGAGAAGGAAGAUGGCGUCUACGUCUUGACUGAUAGCAACUUUGAUGCCUUUCUGAGAACGAACCCAACAUUCCUUGCAAAAUUCUAUUCGCCUGGAUGCUAUCAUUGCAAGAAGUUAGCCCCAGUUUAUGCAAAGGUCGCUUCUCUGGUGAAAAUCCCUCUGGUGAAGAUUAAUGCGGAGACAGAAAAGGAGUUGUCUGAGCGAUACGAGAUUCGUGGUUAUCCAACGUUAAAGUUUUGGAAAGAUGGAAAAGGACCAGAAGAAUAUGAUGGUGGAAGAGAUUUGCAAGAGAUCAUCGAUUGGAUCAAGUCUCGAACCGAUCCGAACUUCAAGCCACCUCCGGAAGCCGUAGUCACUCUCACCUCUGCCAACUUCUCCGAAUUCGUGAGCGAGCAAGCGCUCUGCCUUGUCGAGUUCUACGCUCCAUGGUGCGGCCACUGCAAGAAAUUGGCUCCUGACUACGAGAAGGCGGCAAAAAAGCUCAGGGAUGAGGGUAGUCCGAUCAAGCUUGUAAAAGUCAACGCUGAUGCCGAAAAAGAAUUGGCUUCAAAAUACGGUGUCAGCGGCUACCCCACGCUCAUGGUCAUGCGCCAUGGAAAAAGAUCUGAGUACAAAGGCCCUCGUGACUCUUACGGAAUCGUCAGUCACAUGAAAGAGUUAGCCAAACCAGCGGCUAAAAAACUUACGGACGCCAAAUCAAUAGAUAGAUUCAUGGAAGAGGAAGACGUUACAAUAGUGGCCUUCUUUGUCAGCGAAGAUUCAACAGCAUUCGAAGCUUAUAGUGAUGCUGCAGAGAUGCUACGAGAGGAUUUCAAGUCUAUGGGUUAUACAACGGACGCCAAGGCUUUCAAGAAAUUCGACGCAAAGCCUAAUGAUAUCAUCAUCUUUUACCCGAGUAUUUUCCACAGCAAAUUUGAGCCCAAAACUAGGACAUUCAACAAGGCUGGCGCUACAGCAGAAGAACUGUCUGCAUUCUUCCGCGACCACUGCACACCACUUGUUGGCAAGAGAACUAGGGACAAUGUGGCAAAUCGAUACAACAAGUUCCCUCUGGUGGUUGUCUACUAUAAUGCUGAUUUCUCGUUACAAUACAGGGAGGGCAGCGAGUACUGGCGUCAGAAAGUUCUGAAUGUUGCUCAGAAGUACCAAAAGGAUAAAUAUCGCUUUGCAGUGGCCGAUGAAGAAGAGUUUCAGGACGAAUUGCAAAAUGUUGGAUUAGGUGAUUCUGGGCUUGAGCACAACGUCGUAGUAUUUGGAUACGACGGUAAAAAAUAUCCCAUGGAUCCUAACGAGUUCGAUGGAGAUUUCGAUGAGAAUUUGGAAGAGUUUAUGAAGAAAAUAAGCGCUGGAAAGAUCAAACCAUUUGUUAAGUCAGCUCCUGUGCCGCGAGAUGAUAAGGGUCCUGUAAAGGCACUAGUCGCAUCGACUUUCGAUAAAGUGGUCGGUGAUGAGACUAAAGAUGUCCUCAUCGAAUUCUACGCUCCUUGGUGUGGUCACUGCAAGGCCUUUGAACCAAAAUAUAAAGAGCUAGCGGCCAAACUGAAGAAGACGCAGCCAAACCUUAUUGUUGCAAAGUUUGAUGCAACCGCCAACGAUGCUCCCCAGGCGUACCCUGUAGAAGGAUUCCCAACUAUCUUCUUUGCACCCAGUGGGAAGAAGUCGACUCCUAUUAAAUACGAAGGCAGUCGCGAUCCAGAGAAUCUCAUCAAGUUUUUGGAAAAGCAUGCGGUUAAAUCAUUCCAGAAGAAGGAAGAGCUUUGA